AUGAGUCAAAUCACUGGCGACUAUGAGCAACGUCAAUGUACUAUGGGCCUGGGUGGUUGUUCUUUCAGUUAUCCUACGGGCGAUCCAUGCACCACCGGAGACUUCAACGCAUUCUACAUAUUCGUUCUAUGGUCCAUCGAGAACUUCCAGCGUUGGAUCAAUAGCCUUGCAGGAACCGUCGAAACAACAUGUGAAGAUGUCAUAGGCUACUCAGGCGAACUCGUGGAUACCUUUAGCCAUUUUAAGACGCCAAGUACAAAGAAGCAGGGGCUGAGGCAGGAGCCGAAGCGGGAGCCGAAGGAGGAGCCGAAGGAGGAGCCGAAGGCAGCUCUGAUGGCAGCUCUGAUGGCAGCUCUGAAGCGGGCUCUGAUGGAAGCUCUGAAGGCGGGUCUGAUGGAAGCUCUGAAGGCGGGUCUUAUUGGUGAGAUGGAAGGCGCUAGGAAAGCUAUUAUCGACGCUAGAAUUACUAAAGUCAAGAUAUCCCUCGUUGACCAGAUCAAGUCCUUUGGGAGCACAAUCCUUACGCAGCCUGUCGAUGAGACUCAAGUCGGAUAUUCAUACAGCGACCACGCGAAUAGCGGGCCUUUUGUUCUCAAAAACGGCGUCUAUGCUAAUGAAUUUAGCCUCGAAGGCAAGGAAAGCUUUGCAAAAAAUUUGAAGGGCAGCCUACUUAGUGGCGCUAUCUCGUGGAUCUGGAAAGAAGAGGGAGUGUUCAUUGUGAAGGAUAGCUACGCGAUUGAUGGGACCCUUCCUCAGAAUAUGAACCUCGAUCCUGACCUUUCAAAUCGAACCUGCGACAACAACGGCACCUGUUAUUGGUUCCUCAAAAACACAGGUAUUGGAUCUCCUGACAACGACAUCUUCAAUCCGGUCCCUGGCUUUGAUGCUCUGAAGGACUUUGGGAUCGACGCUCUCGAAUUUGCCCAGGCCGCAGAUGCUUCGCAGGCCGCAGGCGGUUACCUGGCAAACUGGACUAUGAGAAACACCCUUCCUUUCCUCAAGAAAUACAAACCUGCGAAGAACAUGAUGGUCAACCUACCUGUCUGCCCGUUGAACUAUUUCUAUGACAGCUGGAAAGACAUAGACACGAGUGAUUACGACUACAAGGGUUGGGAUUCUAACGUGGGCUCCCAUUAA